AUGGAGACAUUCAUACCCAUUAGUUUGACAACUGUAAAUCAAGACACAGAAAAGGAGGAAAAUAACACAAAACUGAGACUUUUAAAAUAUGAAGAGCAAAAAUACAAAGAUGUCAAGCCAUCACAGAACCAACCAGCUAAAACAGCAGAAAAGGAAACAAUGAAAUGUGAAACAGUUAGAACAUUCUCUGAACCCUUGAAGUCAGAGAAAACAAAAGAUUACCUUAAGGACAGUGUAUCUCAACAACAUGCAGUUACUCCAGAACCAGUUUUCUAUAAGGAGAAAGAGACAUCAAAAGCAAAAAAGAGUCACAGUCAUCAUCGUCCAAAAGUUAAGAAAGCCGGGAUUGUGUCAUACGAUAAAACAGAACCAGAAGAUGAUGAUAUGAUAAGACAUAUUAUUAGGCUAAGAGAAAAGCUUGGUUGGCAAACUGUAUUACUGCAGCACAUUUUGAAAUACAAAAGUUGUGAAAUUGAAAAUCAGAAGACUAUUCUAAAGCAAUCACUGAAAGAUGAUGGAGAAUUUGUAUAUUGCCUUCCUCGGAAUGAUCCUAAAGCCCUUUACAAUCCGUAUGAUCUUCACGUAGUCUCUGCCCAUACAGCUAGACAUUGCAAAGAAUAUUGGAUUAUUACUGCUUCAUUUAUCUCAAAGGUUAUUAAAAUAGGUGGUGGUAUAGAGGAAGUAGAACUUGUACCUGUCUCAGAAUGGCUAUCAGAAAGAAGAUGUUACUAUUUAUUACGGCAAUUUAAGAUAUUUUCCAGUUUCCGAAUUAAUAAAGCAUUUGUUACCUGGAAAUUGAAUGUUAAAAGGAUGAAGAUAGAGAAGAGCAGGUCACUUUUGUCCCACUGUCUUUUUUUGGCUGAUGAGUUAUUUCAAGCCUGUUUGAUUUAUAUAAAAGGACUUUGUGAAGAUGCAAUUACUGUCAAAAACGUUAAUGAACAUAAAGAUAAUACAUCUACCAUAUGCCUUGUGAAGCUGGAUAGUUCUCAAACAUAUUCUCUAGAUGAAUUUUGUGAAGAGCAGUUACAGCAAGCUACCCAGGCAUUGAAACAACUUGAGGAUAUCAGAGAUAAAGCAAUUUCCAAGAUGCAAAGUACAUUUUUAAAGGUUGCAGAAAAGAAAGAGAUUAAAGAAUAUUUUGAGUCAAAACACUCUGGAGAUGACAUAACACAUUUCAAGCUCCCUAAAUAUCGACGUUUAUUAGAAACAAAUUUCAGGUUUGCGAUGCUGGUUGACUACAUAUUUCAGGAACUCAUUCGUCAACUUAUGAACAUUGCAAUCACGCUACUUUUGGAAUUAUUUAAUGGUUCUGCUAGAAUGCCAUUUUCAAUGGAAAAAAAGAAUGAAAGUCUCAUCAGAACAGUUGAGGACAACUUUUUUCCUACUGGAAAGAUGACAAAUGAUUGUGAAGAACUUGUUAAUAAUUCAAACUCGCAUGCAAUUUCUGUUACAACAUCAGAAGUAAAAACACACACUGAUGUUAUUGAGGUUUUGAAUAGUAUUAAAGUGGGGAAGAAUUUGAGAAAAAUAUAUGCACCAAUAUUUGAAGUACAUCUACGCUUGAGAAUUCCUGAGAGUGAUUCUCCAGAAAAUUCUGAAGAGAACUUUGAUGAGCCUGACCAGUGCCCUGACAAAUGUGUGGUAUGUGAAGAUGAAAUGUCAAAAUAUGAAGACAACUAUAUCCAAAAAAACUCAAGUGAAGAAUUGUUUCCAAAAGCCAAGAAACCAAAAAAAACUAAUCACAGCCUUGAAGAUAUUCUUUCGGACACAGAAAUUGCAACUGAGUUUGACAGUAAAUACAUGUAUGAUGAAUUUUCAGAAUUCCCUACAAAUCUCUUCAUAGAACCCAACAGAUUAGAGUUUUCAAUAAAAAUUCAAAAUAUGGUGACUAAUAUUGAAAAAUGUAUAACCACAAUUGCUCCUUUUUGCCAAGAUCCUCGCCUGUCUAUGUUUAUUGAUUUGGCUUCAAUUGUGGAUUUACCUAGUAAGAUGGAAAGUGUAAUAAAAUAUAAGAAACAGACCAGAUGGCCAGAUUGUGAAAUCCUUUUUGAAAUGGAUCCUGCUUACCAAAAUAAAAUUGUAAGUCUCCUGACUAUUAUUGGUAAUUCAAUGGGCCUAGUUAAUGUUUACAGCUGCAACUUUAUGAAGUAUUGUACCAUGGUAGAAAAGGCCAAAAUCAUGAGUAUGAAAAUAUCGUCUCUGGGAGAAUUAACUUCAACAGAUUUUACAAUGAUACUGAGUAGAUUCAGAAACUAUUUUAGACAUAUUGUGAAUAUGGCCAUUGAGAAGCGCAUUGGUAUUUUCAACGUUGUUAGUCUUGAUUAUCAGUCAGAAUGCUUACCAUAUGUUGACAACAUCAUACAUAUGAGCCACAUACUCUUGCAAUCUCUAAUUGAAAAAAAGAGUGUAAAUCUAUUGGAAGUUGUAGAAUCAUCAUUACGACAGCUGGAAUGUGAUCCCACUGAAAUAGAAGAAUUUGUGAAGCAUUUUACUUUUUUGGAUGAAAUUUCCUCAAAUAUAUCUAAAUUAGAACAAGAGUACUUAACACUUUCUCAGCUAUUUUCUGUUGUAAGGCAUUACCAGAUCCAUAUUUCUGAAGAGCAAAUGGCCAUCUAUAAAAUCCUUCUUAUCAAAUUUGGUCAACUAAAAACAUCCAUGAAGUUAAGUAAAACAAACAAAGAUGCUACUAUAACUAAAUUCAGAGAUAAUUUGGAAGCAUGUAUCACUGGUCUACGAGUUGAUGUUAGUAAUUUAAAGACCAAAAUAAGAACUCCUGUUCUCUUAUAUGCUGGUACUCGACUGUCAACGGCAAUGGAAAUGAUCCAGACUCUCUCAGAGGAAGCUGCAAGUUUAGCCAACAAAGCUAAAAUGUAUUCAAGCCAGCAGAAUUAUUUUGAUAAUUCCCAGUCUCAUAUGCAUUCUCUUAAUAUGGAAGAUAUUACACAGAUUGUGCUUUCAGAGAUAACUGACAUUGAAUAUGACCUAACUUUGAGGAAAAUAUUAUGGGAAGCAAAAGAGGAUUUGAGAACACUCUUUUGGCAAUGGAGGAAAUGUUCUCUUCAAAGUAUUGAUAUAGAGUCAGUACAAAGAAAUGUUUCAAAAUGGAUGCACAUAAUCUACAUACUAGAAAAAGGUUUACCUAAAAAUGAUAUGGUAAAACAUCUUAAGCAAUCGGUGACAGAGUUUAAACAAGAACUGCCUAUCAUCACAGCUCUGAGCAACCCCUCUCUUAAGCCAAGGCAUUGGGAGGCUCUCCAGGAGAUUGUUGGAAAGUCAAUUUCCCUUGAUAAAAAUUGUACACUAGAGAAUCUUCUAACCCUCAAGAUGUUUCUGUAUGAAAAUGAAAUAAGAGAUAUAUCAACCUCAGCAAGUAAUGAAGCUACUCUUGAAAAAAUGCUAUUUAAGAUGAUUGAUUUUUGGAACACUACUCCUUUACAUUUAGUUCUUCAUCACACAGAGAGUUACUCUAUCCUAAUAAUUUCAUCUAUAGAUGACAUAUUAGCUCAGUUAGAAGAAUCUCAAGUCAUACUUUCAACAAUUAAAGGAUCUUCCUAUAUCGGUCCCAUUAAGGAUCUUGUGACUAAAUGGGAUCAAAACUUGACUAUCUUCUCUUACACCCUUGAGGAAUGGAUGAAUUGUCAAAGAAAUUGGCUUUAUCUUGAACCAAUCUUUUAUUCUUCAGAAAUACAAAGGCAGCUCCCAGCAGAAACAAAACUUUUUGCUCAGGUGAUUUCCAUGUGGAAAAAAGUAAUGUCAAAAAUACAAAACAAACUGAAUGCUUUGCAAAUAAUGACUUCUGCAGGAGUCCUGGAAAUUUUGCAAAAUUGCAAUAUACAUCUUGAAAAUAUAAAGAAAAGUCUUGAGGACUACCUUGAAAUUAAAAGAGUUAUUUUCCCAAGAUUUUACUUUCUUAGCAAUGCUGAACUUCUUGAUAUUCUAGCUGAUAGCAGAAAUCCUGAGGCUGUACAGCCUCAUCUUGUGCAAUGUUUUGAAAAUAUAAAACAAUUACUGAUAUGGAAACAAGAAAUUGGCCCUCCUGCUGUAAAAAUGCUCAUAUCUGCUGAAGGAGAAUGUCUUGUGCUGCCCAAGAAAAUUCGUGUAAGAAGUGCUGUAGAACAGUGGCUAGUAAAUGUAGAAAAAAGCAUGUUUGAUGUGCUAAAAAAGUAACACUACAUUUAUCAUACGUAUCUCUUAUCUUUUCAGAGCCAGAUCAUGUUUUUUGAUGAUUGUAUCAAAAGUUUUGGAAGUUCUCAUUCAAAAGAAGAGUUGGAAAGUGUUCAUGCUGGUGUGAUAUGUCAUCUAGAAGAGGUUGCGGGGCUGGUAGUGUUGGAUACUAGUAACUCUCGAACAAAAGCUGUACUAGGAGCGCUGCUUACCCUUUAUGUUCACUGCAGAGAUAUAGUGAUAAAUUUACUGCUUAAAAAUAUUUUCAAUGAAGAGGAUUUUGAAUGGACAAGACAUUUGCAAUAUAAGUGGAAUGAAAAACAAAAGUUGUGCUAUGUAUCUCAAGGAGAUGCCAGCUUCACUUACGGCUAUGAGUACUUGGGCUGUACCCCAAGAUUGGUUAUUACACCUCUCACAGACCGAUGCUGGCUAACUCUCACAGGAGCACUGCAUUUGAAUCUAGGAGGCUGUCCUGCUGGUCCAGCUGGCACAGGAAAAACUGAAACUGUCAAAGAUCUAGCAAAAUCCUUAGGCAAACAUUGUGUGGUCUUCAACUGUUUUGAGGAUUUGGAUUAUAAGAUAGUGAGAAAAUUCUUCUUUGGACUAGUUCAGUCGGGAACAUGGUGUUGUUUCAAUGAAUUCAAUCGAAUUAAUGUGGAAGUUCUCUCUGUCAUUGCCUCACUGAUCCUAACAAUUAAGUCUGCAAAAGACAGCUAUUCUGUCAGGUUUGUAUUGGAAGGAAAAGAAGUUCGUGUUAAUAUGUCUUGUGCAGUAUUUAUCACCGUGAAUCCUGGGUAUAGAGGUCGAAUAGAGCUUCCAGAUAACUUAAAAUCUCUGUUUCGCCCAGUGGCAAUGAUGGUGCCCCAUUAUCAAAUGGUUGCUGAAGUAAUACUAUUUUCAUUUGGUUUCAAAUCUGCAAAAUCACUUUCUGUAAGGCUAGCUAACCUUUAUGAAUUAGCUAGCAAACAGCUCUCACAACAGGACCAUUAUGAUUUUGGCUUGAGGUCCCUGAAGACAGUUUUAGUAAUGGCUGGAAAGAAGAAACGGGAGUUUAAAUGUGACAAUGUUUCUGAAGCAGAUGAAAUUCUGAUCAUUAUUGAGGCUAUAAGAGAAGCUAGUUUACCAAAAUGUCCUCCUGAAGAUGUCUCACUUUUUGAAAAGAUUAUAGGAGAUAUUUUUCCUAGAGUGACAGUUUUAAAAGCAAAUCAACUUGCCUUGGAGAAAGUAAUAGAUUUUGCAAUGCAACAAUUAGGCUUACAAAAGUGGCCAUCUCAGCGAGAGAAGAUCAUACAGUUUCAUAAUCAACUUGAAGCUUAUGUUGGUGUGAUGUUAGUAGGUCCAACAGGUGGAGGAAAAACAACAGUCAGAAGAAUUUUAGAAAAAGCAUUAGUACUAUUACCAAUUGUAGACUUCUUAUCAUUUGCAGAAAGGGAAUCUACUCCAGAGACUUCAGGAAGAAAAGGAAAAGUAGAUAUUUACGUUUUAAAUCCAAAGUGUAUCACUCUUGGUGAACUAUAUGGACAACUAGAUCCUAAUACUAUGGAAUGGACUGAUGGAUUAUUAUCAGCAAUAAUUCGAAGUUAUGUCUCUUGUAACACUGCAAGGUGCUCGAGAAAAGAAAUUGAUCUCGAAGUAAAGUCAAGAAUCUCAGAUUUAUCGAAUGUUUUCAAAUUUGAUUCCUCUGAUACAGCAGAUAUGGAUAAUAAUGUUUUUGAGGAUAUACAGAAAGAUGAUAAAAUUCCAGAAAAUCACAAUUUUGAUUGGCAGUGGAUUAUCUUAGAUGGUCCUGUGGACACCUUUUGGGUAGAAAAUCUGAACUCUGUCCUAGACGACACUAGAACAUUGUGCCUAGCAAACAGUGAGAGAAUAGCUUUAACUAAUAAAAUAAGAGUGAUUUUUGAAGUGGACAGUCUCUCUCAGGCCAGUCCUGCUACUGUCAGCCGAUGUGCAAUGGUCUAUAUGGAUCCUGUUGAUCUGGGAUGGGAGCCUUAUGCUAAGUCAUGGCUUUUGAAAACUUCUAAAAUUAUAAGUCAGUCAGGAGUGGAUUAUCUUGAAUUUAUGAUUAAAAAAAGUAUCACAGACGGACUACAAUUUAUAAAGAAGCAUCAGAAAUUUCAGCCAUAUCCUAUACAAGACAUAACAAUUGUCAUAACCCUCUGCAGAAUUCUUGAUGCUUUGUUUGAAUUCAUGAGUGACUAUGGAGGAUUUGGACAAGGUUAUGAAUUGAGUGACACUUCAGCUAAGGAGAUGAAUGCGCAAGAAGUUUCUGUCAAAUUCAAGGAUAUAGAAAAGAGGGAUGAAAAUACAUGGUAUCUGGAGAAAAAUCCAGAUAAAUUAGCAGUAAUGAUUCAAAAACUUUUCGUGUUUGCAUUUACUUGGGCAUUUGGAGGAACUUUAAACCGUGAAGAUGAACAUAAAGAUGACAUACUAUUUUGUCCCAGUUUUAAAUCUGAUUCUCUUGAAAAAGUAACCUAUGAUUUUGACAAACUUGUUCAUGAAUUAUUUGGAAACAAUUCGCAAGUAGGUAAGUUCUGGGGAAAAAAUCAUGUUUAUUGUUAUUUGAAACUCUUUUAUUUUAACUUAGGAACUUCAUUAUUAACUGAUCGUCAGGGAUCUGGCGAAAACCUCUUGAAGAUAACAGAAAACAGAGACGGUGUUAAUUAUACCGCUACGAGAGAUACAACAUGCCUUUCUUUUCUCUUGAGCCUUCUUUUAAAGAAUUCCUGCCCUGUUCUUCUCACAGGAGAAUCUGGUGUUGGGAAGACUGCUGCCAUAAACCAAAUGCUUGAAAAGUUAGAAGGUCCAGGAGCAUUUGACAUAAAAUAUGGUUCAAUUUUAGGAGAUGUCCUAUUAUAUAAUGAAAUUAAAAAAUUAAGGUUCCUAAAACAGAAUAUCAGCAUCUUGAUUUCUGAAACUCAUAAGGCAGCAUCUGGAAGUCUAGAUAAUUCUACUAAAAAGCCAGAAGUCAGAACUGAUGAAAGUUCAUUUAAAAAUAACAAAAAUAAAGGAAUUACAGUCUCCACAAUAAAUUUUGGCACCAAUACGACAGCUACCAAAACCAAGGAGAUGAUUCUUAAGAAGUUAAUAAGAAGAACUAAAGACACUCUUGGAGCACCAAAAAACAACAGGACUGUAAUAUUCCUUGAUGAUAUGAAUAUGCCAGUAUCAGAUAUGUAUGGAGCAAAGCCACCCCUGGAAUUGAUAAGACAAUUAUUAGAUUUAGGAGGAGUUUAUGAUACUGGAAAAAAUGCAUGGAAGAAUAUUCAAGAUCUCUCUAUAGUUGCAGCUUGUGUUCCUACAGGUGGUGGGAAUGAUAUUAGCCCACGUCUCCUCAAACAUUUUUCCAUACUGGUAUUGCCUCAUCCUUCACCAGGUGCCAUACGUACUAUUUUCCAGGCUCAUUUGGGAAUGUAUUUCUCCAUCAAUAACUUCACAUCCGAUGUUCAGAAAAGUAAGAAUGAGAUAACAUCUUGUUCCCUAGCUGUGUACCAUCAAGUACGUCAGAGUAUGUUACCAACCCCAACAAAAUGUCACUACAUGUUUAAUCUUCGAGAUGUGUUUAAGCUUCUCCUAGGAUUGCUGCAAGCUGACAAGGCUGUUAUUGACUCCAAAGAGAUGGCUGCUCUGCUCUUUGUUCAUGAAGCCACCCGAGUGUUUCACGAUCGCCUAAUUGAUUCCACUGAAAAAGGCCUUUUCUAUCAGUUGCUGUCAAAGGAACUUCAGAGCUAUUUUCAGAUCGGAAUAGAUGGAUGUGGAAAAAAAACCUGUGCAACCAUGGCCUGUUAUUUGACAAACAACAAACUGUACCGAGUCCCUAUAUCUCACAAUUAUACCUACAUAGAAUUCAAAGAAGUCUUGAAAAAGGUGUUUAUUCAAGCAGGAUUAGAAGGGAACUCUGCUGUUCUGAUGGUUCUUAAUUUAAGCCUAGGACAAGACUCACUUAUGGAAGAUUUGAAGUGCAUCAUCAAUUCAGGAAGAAUACCUGACUUGUUUGAAAAUGAGGAGCUGGACUCUAUUGCAGUAAAGAUCAAAUCUCUUCCUGAACAGUUUGGUCGUAUGGAUGAUAGGCAAUCUUUACUUUCACUCUUUCAAAAGAGAGUAUGUAAAAAUCUUCAUAUUUUUAUGAUCAUGAGUCCUGAAGGACCUAACUUCCGCCACAUUUGCAGAGUAUAUCCUUCCAUGAUUAGCUCCUGCACAAUCGAUUGGUACAAGAGGUGGCCAGAAGAAGCUCUCCUUAUCGUAGCCAACUCAUUCUUAAGAGAAAAGGUGAAUUUCGAGAACAGAAAGAACUUAAAAGAAAAACUUGCCCCAACGUGUGUCCAAAUCCACAAAAGUAUAAAAGACUUGAGCCCAAAAUACUUUCAAGAAACUAGACGGCGUUACUAUAUCACUCCCAGUAGUUACUUGCAAUUCAUGGAAACAUUUGCACACCUUUUGAGGUCACGAGAGAAGGAGAUGCAAGUGAAGAGGGAUCGUUUCUAUAUGGGUCUAUCCAAGAUCCUGGAAGCAACCACACUAGUUACAGAUAUGCGUGAGGAGCUUUUGAUUCUUGGGCCUCAAAUAGAACAAAAAACAAAGGAAAUAGAAACCCUAAUGGAAAAACUACAGAAAGAUUCACAAGUAGUUGAGAAAGUUCAGAUGCUUGUUAAACAGGAUGAAGAAAUUAUGGCAGAAGAAGUGAGAAUUGUGGAAGAUUAUGCUCAGAAAACGGCCAAUGAACUAAAAGGAGUGCUGUCAGCCUUAGACAAGGCAGUUGUGGCUCUCGGUGCCCUGGAUAAAGCCGAUGUUGCUGAAUUAAGAGUAUACACACGGCCUCCCUUCCUUGUGCUGACUGUCAUGAAUGCAGUGUGUAUUCUUCUGCAAAAGAAACCUAACUGGACAACAGCAAAGUUACUUCUUUCAGAAACUGGUUUCUUAAAAAAAUUGAUUAGCCUUGACAAGGACAGCAUACCUGAUAAGGUUUUCAUGAAGCUGAAAAAAAUUUUAAUCUUACCUGAUUUCAACCCAAACAAGAUUGCUUUGGUUUCCGUUGCUUGUUGCUCUAUGUGCCAGUGGGUGAUAGCUUUGAAUAACUACCAUGAAGUACAGAAGCUGGUGGGACCUAAACAAAUCCAAGUAACUGAAGCUCAAAAUGUCCUUAAAAUUGCACGACAAAAAUUGGCCGAAAAACAAAGAGGCUUACAGCUGGUUGAAGAGCAUUUGCUGUUUCUGCAGGCAGCCUACAAAGAUACCGUUGCUGAAAAACAACUCUUAGCAAAACGGAGAAAAAUGGCCAGCAGGCGUUUGCAGUAUGCAUCAGUCUUACUAACUGUCCUGGAAGAUGAGAAGACUCAAUGGCAAGAAAUAAUGAAUCAAAUAGAUACCAAAUUGGGAGGAAUUUUGGGUGACAUACUUCUUUCAGCAGCAUGCAUUGUCUACAGUGGAGUUUUAACACCAGAAUUUCGCCAGUUGAUUGUGAAUAAAUGGGAGAAUUUUUGCAUUGAAUAUGGCAUUUCUUUGUCUUCCAACUUUUCUUUAAUUAAAGUCAUGGCACAAAAAUAUGAGAUCAGCCAAUGGCAUAAUCAAGGGCUACCUCUUGGUCAGCAUUCAACAGAGAAUGCCAUCUUGAUCAAGAAUUGCCAGCAGUGGCCACUGCUGAUUGACCCACAUAAGCAAGCACACAACUGGAUCCAUCAGACGGAAGGAUCCAGGCUGCAGGAGCUCUCCAUUGAGGAUAGCAAUUACACCAAAAAAAUUGAAAAUGCUAUGAAAACAGGAGGUAGUGUCCUCUUGCAGAAUCUCCAGGAAACAUUAGCCUCUGGUUUAAAGGCAAUUUUAAAGAAGGAUAUCUAUCAGAAACGAGGACAAUAUUUCAUAAAAGUUGAUGAUUCUGAGAUUGAAUACAAUCCCAAAUUUAGGUUGUAUUUGUCUACAGCCAUAGACAACCCCCAUUUUCAUCCAUCAGUUUCUAACUUUGUUACUCUGGUCAACUUCACGGUAACAUUCCAAGGUUUGCAAGAUCAACUCUUAUCUACUGUGGUAACUCAUGUAGUUCCUCAUUUAGAAGAUCAGCGUUCCCAGUUAUUGGAGAAUAUUUCCCUUGAUACUGUAACUCUUGAAGAACUAGAGGAAAAAGCAUUAAAUUUACUUCAGAAAAUACAAGGAUUUUUAUUGGAUGAUGAGGAAAUUAUAGAUACCUUAAGAAAAUCUAAAAUGACAUCAAAUGAAAUUUCAAAGCGCAUCAAAGCAACAAAAGAAGCUGAAAGUAAAAUCCAAGCAACACGUAAAAACUAUCUCCCCAUUGCAACCCGCGGUGCCCUACUCUACUUCAUAGUUGCUGAUCUGACACAAAUCAACUGCAUGUACCAGUUCUCCCUGGACUGGUUUCGUCAAGUUUUUGUUUCCUCAGUAGUUUUCAAAAGCAAAGAACAAGAACAUAACUCAAAAAGGGAGAAAAUGUCUCUGAAAAAAGUUCAUAAGAUUACAAAUAUUUCAAAAGAACCUAACUUGGAAAGUGAGAACGAUCCCUUAGACGGACAUAUUAAAAAUGCAAUAGAUGUGUUGACAAGAAAUAUUUUUAAGGUGGUUUCUUCAGCUCUAUUUAAUCAAGAUAAGCUUUGCUUCUCUUUUCGACUUUGCACUGCAAUCAUGCAAAAUAAUGCUAAUGAAAAUCUAAUGCAAGAUGACAUUGGAUCCCUACCAGAAGAAGAAUGGAACAUCUUUUUAUAUUCUGGCAUAUUGAUAAAUAUUAAAAGUGCAUUAUCCCAGGCUAGACUUAAUAGCAUGUUUGCAAUACAUAAAAACCAACAUCUUCAGUGGCUGUCAGAUUCCAGGUGGAGGCAGUGCCAAUACGUCAGCAGUCAACUGAAACCAUUUUCACUUUUAUGCAAAUCCCUUUUAUCAAAUAUAUCACAAUGGGAUGCUUUCAAGAACAGUAAGAAUGUUUAUUCUUUGAUCAGCACAGCUUUCUGUUCAGAACAUGCUUCGUUGGAGGAAAGUACAAAAUCACCAGAGCAAACUGAACUUUUGAAUGAAAAUGAAGAAAUGCGUAAUCCUAUAAAUUUUCCUUGGGAGAAACUCACUCCAUUUCAAAGACUUAUUUUGGUAAAAAUCCUUAGACCAGAACGUUUAAAGAAUUCAGUAAGAAACUUUAUCACUGAAAAAAUGGGAAACGAAUAUCUUCAAAUAACUGAAGUUAAUUUGAAAGAAUCAUAUAAACAAUCCAAUGCCAGAACUCCGCUGGUACUUAUUCACUCUCAUGGGAUUGACCUCACCAAUAUUCUCCUGAGAUUGGCAAAAGAGCUAAAAGGAACAACGAAUCAUGUGACCAUGAUUUCUUUGGGCCGUGGCCAGGCAGCUAAAGCUGAAGACCUCAUUGUUAAGGCACUUGCCAAAACACAGCAAUGGGUCUUCCUCCAGAACUGCCACCUUGCAGCAUCAUUUAUGCCAAGACUUUGCACUAUCGUAGAAUCAUUUAACAGUCCAGAUGUGACAAUAGACCCUGAGUUCAGGCUGUGGUUAAGCUCAAAAUCAGACAGUUCUUUUCCAAUUCCUAUUCUUCAAAUGAGUUUAAAGAUUGCUGUGGAAUCUCCCCAGGGAUUGAAAAGUAAUUUAUUUCAGACGUUCGGAUAUACUGGAAAUGGAGAGGUAACAGAAGAGGUAUUUGAAAAACCCGAAUGUGGAGAAUGGUGGAAAAAACUUUUGUUCAGCCUAUGUUUCUUCAACGCUGUGGUCAAUGAAAGAAAAAAUUAUGGAUUAUUGGGCAGGAAUAUUGCUUAUAAAUUUAAUUCUUCAGACUUGGAGGUUGCCAUAAAGGUGUUGGAAAAUUCCCUGAAUGGACAGUCUAAUAUUCCGUGGAAAGCACUGCGCUACCUGAUCGGGGAAGUGAUUUACGGUGGCCGCGUGACCGACAGCUGGGACAAGCGAUGCUUGCAGACCCUUCUCUACAAAUUUUGUAAUCCUGAAGUUGUGAGAGAUGACUUCAGUUUCUCUAGAGAUGAGUGCCCAAAUGUGAGCCUGGAGGACUGCAUACACAUUAUCCAGUCCCUACCUGAUGAGGAUUCUCCAGAGGUCUUGGGAGUACACCCUGAGGCCAUAAGGAGCUGCAGGGAGAUUCAGAGCCAGAAGUUCAUUGAAAGUCUCAUUGCCAUGCAACCAAGAGCUACCACUGCUGCCACCCUCGAGAUCCGACCUGAGCAGAGUAGUGACGAACUGGUGAUGGAGAUUUUAUCUGACAUGCUAAAGCGGUUGCCACUGACAGUGGAGAAAGAAGAAGGUGUGGCUGGAACUCCAAGCACCUUGAAGGGCAUAAUGUCAAGCCCCAUUUGGGAAUCUCUUUCCAAAAAUCUCAAAGAUCAUGAUCCCCUUAUCCAUUGUGUCUUGCUAACCUUUUUGAACCAAGAAAUUGGACGAUUUGAUAAGUUAUUAUUUGUCAUACAUACAUCUUUAAAAGAUCUUCAACUUGCAAUAAAAGGAGAGACCAUCCUCACACAAGAAUUGGAGGAAAUAUUUAACUGUUUCCUCAACAUGAGAGUGCCCACAUUGUGGCAGAAACAUGCCUACAUGUCAUGUAAGCCACUGAGUUCCUGGGUAAAUGAUCUCAUCCAGCGACUGAACUUCUUUAAUACGUGGGCCAAAGUGGCUUUCACCGCAAUUCGUCGUCGGUAUAUGAGAUUUAUCACAGCUUGGAAGCAGUCUGUUCCAUCAAAAUCCAAACAGCCUGCUGACCCGGAGAAUUUCUUUGAAGGAUUUCCUGCAAGAUACUGGCUUCCGGCUUUCUUCUUCCCCCAAGCCUUUCUCACUGCUGUGCUGCAGGACUACGGAAGGUCCCAGGGAAUCUCCGUGGACGCCCUCACUUUCACCCACCAUGUGGUUUCCGACACCAGCGAUGUCACAGACGAGGAGUUCUCCAUCAUCAUCGAAAAGAAACUCAACAUGGUCAGGAGAGCCUUUAAGGGCUUGGACCCCUUACACACUGGAGUUUACAUUUUCGGUUUAUUCAUUGAGGGGGCAAGGUGGAAUCGCGAACAAAAAAUACUAGAAGACUCGCUGCCUCUUGAGAUGUGUUGUGAUUUUCCCGUCAUAUACUUUUUGCCAACAAAGAUUUCUAGUGAAACACCAAAUGCUUCUAACCAGACAGAUUCAGACCUCUAUACCUUUGAAUGCCCAGUUUAUCAGACACCUGAGAGGUCAAGAAUUUUGGCAACUACUGGUUUAUCAGCAAACUGUGUAACAUCAGUGCAUUUAUCAACAAAGAAACCUCCUAGUCACUGGAUCACAAUGCAGGUUGCAUUGCUGUGUGAGAAGAAUGAGUGA